AGCGUUGCAACUUUCACCGCUUGUUUUAAGAAAGUUGCGGUUAGGAAUGGUCUCGCAAAACUGCAUAAGUGCUGCCACUUUCGCUACUCAAAAAGCCAAAGUUGAUGAGUUAAUGAAUGUAGAUAUAACAAAAGGAGACUUAUGGUAUAUCCUGUCUCUUAACUGGUGGACGAAGUGGGAGGAAUUUGUGGACUCGGUUUCCAAAAGUGGGAUGGUUGACGAAACCUCGGAAGAGUAUCCAGGAAAAGUUGAUAACAGUGAUAUUUUAUGUGAUGGAAAAUUAAAAGAGAACUUGCUCUUAGAAAAUGACAUCACGUUAAUACCUAGAAAUGUGUGGAAGCUGUUUGUUGAUUUUUAUGGUUGUACGCACACAGACAUUUCAGUCUUCGAACGGCGUGCCAUCCAAGCUCCAAAGUCAGCGGAAAUUGAAAUAUAUCCACCUCACUACUCAUUUUACUUAAAUCCUCCAAAUUCAAGUGCCACUUUCCUGUUUGAAGGGACAUAUUGCAAGUUUCAGACAAUAAGAGAACUUAAACUGAUAGUCGCGCAACAUCUUAAAGCAGCACCUGGCGUGAAUGUUCACUUAUCAAUACACAAUGAGCAAAAUGAGUUUGAAGAAUUAGAAGAUGAAGAUGCUACCAUAGAAGAAGCUAACCUGGAGCGUGAAAAAGUUAUUUUUGUUCAUCUGGAACCUAGAAAUGGAAUACGCAGUGAUUCACGUUUGAAGUCGAAUGACUCUAUAGGAUCUCAACCUGAAUCUCAGAUGCUGUCGUUACAUGGGUCCAGUCCGCCUUUAGUACCAGGAGUUUGUGGUCUCAAUAACUUGGGAAAUACCUGUUUUAUGAAUAGUGCUCUUCAGUGUAUGUCCAAUGUUCCUGCAUUAACCAGUUACUUCCUAAGUGGUAAAUGGAAGUCAGAACUAAAUAUACGUAAUCCACUUGGAUCUCAAGGAAGAAUUGCUAUUGCUUACGCAGAUCUCAUUAAGCAGCUGUGGUCGGGGACGCGAGCAUAUGCUGUGCCUCGUGAGUUUAAGAUAGUCAUGUUUGUCCGUCUCCUGCCUUCAGAGUAAAUGAAUUAUUCAACCAUGAAGUCUUAUUGGUUCUGUUGCAAUAUGCUCGUAUAUUCUGGGACCAUCGAGUAAGUAACGCAGUUGUUAGGA